AAGCUUUUUGGCAAAAAAUACAGGAGUUAGUUUACCAAUAUAAUUGCGGUCUGAUCAACACUGUUGCAAGGUAGCAGGUUGGCUAGCCGCUCUUUUCAAAUAUUUUGUUAACUUAUUUUUUUGUGUCAUCCUUUGCAGCUCGAGACCGAGCAGCAUAACUAGCCAGCUUGUUACUACAGUAUUUGAAUUCGACAAGGCUGUUUUGACGUUGGAUAGCUAGCUACAUUCACUGGUUCGAAAUUUCGAAUAGACCUGAUUUCACAUUUCGUUAGAUUCACACGCUAGGAAGAAAGCUAUACUUUUCCCCCCCUGUGCGGCUAAGUUUAAACGUACUUUGUUUUUGAAAGCCAUCUGCUAAUAACUAACUAUCUACCGGUUGUCAUUUUUACUUUGUCAACAACAAGGCGUGACGUUUGGUUCAACACUAAUUCUGCCUGCAAGAUUUUUGUUGGUGACUUCCACGAACGUUGGCUAGCAUUUACGUUAGCUUGCCAUCACUGACAGCGAUUGUAACCGCGAGCCAGCAUCAGUCAAGCGAAUUUGACAAAAACAACUUAGCCAAUAAAUAAGCUAUCAAGCUGAUCAGAGCAGUAUCACAGCGAUAACUGACUUCUGUUAUCGAUAAAUUGCCUUGUGGGAGAUAGUAUAUAUCUUGCUUAUUUUAAUCAUUACCAAAAAAACGUAAUUGAACGUGAAGUAGUUAACGUUAACCCACAGAAGUAGUUGUGUAUCCAAAUUCAGUCCCGAAUUGUCAUCUUUUUUUCGGUGCUAUUGUUGAAAAUGGCGGCGAUCGAAAUGGUGCAGAUGUUGAUCGAAGCAGCAGAAUACCUUGAUCGCAGAGAAAGAGAAGCAGAACAUGGCUAUGCCUCCAUGUUACCGUUCACCAGCAGCAAAGAGAAGGACAGCUUGAAACGGAAAAAUAAAAGCAAGAAGAACUCCAAUAGCAGAUCUACACACAACGAGAUGGAGAAAAACAGACGCGCACACCUACGGCUGUGUUUAGAGCGACUGAAAUCCCUCGUUCCAUUGGGACCAGACUCCAACAGGCAUACCACGCUCAGCCUGCUGAUGAGGGCCAAGAAACACAUUGUGAGGUUGGAGGAGAGCGAGCGGAGAGCCCAGCAUACCUUAGACCAGCUGCAGAGAGAGCAGAGGCACCUGCAACGGCGUCUGGAGCAGCUGGGGGUGGAGAGAACACGCAUGGACAGCACAGGAUCCAUUGUCUCCUCUGACAAUCCUGACUCAGACCAGGAGGAGGAGCUGGAUGUGGAUGUGGAGGGGACUGACUACCUGCUGGGGGAUCUGGAGUGGAGCACCAGCAGUGUCAGUGACUCUGAUGAGCGGGGCAGCCUGCGUAGCAGCUGCAGUGACGAGGGAUACUCCAGCGCCAGCCUGCGCCUGCGCAUGCAGAACCAAAACACUCAGGAAAAGGCCGAGCAGCUGGGCUGCAGCCUAUAAGAGCACAGUCCUCAACCUCUGACCCCAUCCAAUCCCGUCCCUCUGUCGUCCAGUUAACUCCCGCCCUCCAACCAGUCUCUGCCAAUCAGACCUCACUCCCAGCAGGACUGGCCUGUUCUGACCAAGCCCCCUCCUCCUUUCCAACUGUAUUCCACCUCUUUCCCCCCCUGAAACCCCCAAUGCAACACCUCUUAGACACACCCACCGUCCUAUCUCAACUGUCCAUCGGCCAACCAAAAUGGAGGAUCAGUCUGUGGCACUGCCCAAUCAGAGCUUUUUGAUGAGUGGGAUUAGGAAGAUAAGACACUCCGUCCGUCCCUUUGUGUCCACCAGCCUGCCCCCUUCCUUCUGUCCUUCCUUCCUGCUCUGCUGUCUGUUUCAGUGCAAGAGCCAAGUAGAGGUGACUGACUUUUCACAUCCAUGCAGUGUCCCCCUUCCAGCGUCCGAAAACUUAAGACAGCUAGAGAAUGUGAUUACAACACCACACCUACACCCCACUGCCUCUCUCUUGUUCAGAAGCCAUCUGAAGCAAAUCCAGUCAUGAUGAGAACCCCUCUCGACCCCCAGCUCUAAAUCCCAUCUCGCCCAUUUCUCCCAUGAGACUGGCCCGUCCAUAGGUGGUGGUCGUACAGACAGCAGAGCUGUGCCACCUGACUAACCAGCUGACCAAUCACAGCAUGGUAUUUUGGAACGGAGUACAGGAAUGGAUGGUCUUGGUCAAAGAGCUGUGACGUGGUCAUUUUAAACAAUCUACACUGCAGCUAUUGUAGUAAUGUUAUCAGGUGUAGUCUUUCAGUAAGUCUUUAUGGUAAAUAAUCGUCUACCUGCACUUUCCACGUGAAGCCUCACUGGGAGUUCUACGACGCUAAGCACGGCUGUGACGUCAUCCAUGUUCCACAACCUCUUCGUUGUUGUGGUCGGCAGCAAUACAUCCAUCCCUCUCUUCUCUACCAGGCUUAGCGGCCGGAUACAUACCUCCAUGUUUAUGGCUCUUAUGGGGGUGGGGGUAGGAAAAAAAAACCUUGUGAGGAACAAUGUGCAGCAUGAGAUUAAGGGGUGGGGUGAUUGGGGUUAAGACAACUUGUACCUUCCUCUCUCUGAUGACGGUGGCGUCUAGCUUGUGUUUUAAUGUACGUGUCUGUUGCUGCUGGUCACGCACUGUAGCCAGUGGUAAUCACUUAAAUGUGUCUGAAGGGAAGUCGCACAGACAGACAGUACAUUAACUGUUGAAAUAAACCAGUAAAGAGAUUAAAGCACAUUCCAUGUUAGAGAGAAAGUAAGGUGUGUUAGUAGAGAAUUACCUUCGCCCAUAUUUAUGAGGGAGAGCGUUUUGCAGUUUUAAUGACAGGAAGGAUCUAGCUAUCAGCUUCAGGUUACCCACAAGCAGAACACAACAGAUUUGCUGACUUGCUUUGCCUUUCAGUCAAAACACAGAACAAGGAAAGUCAACGUCGAUUGAAUUAGUUCACCUCUGAAAAGGAAAGAGCAGAAAGGUUACUGUACACUAAAUAUCUGCCUGGCCGAUAGAGCUAUUUAUUAUUUUAGCAAAAUGUAGUCAUGUUUAUGUAAAUAGUUGACACAGAAAGAGCUCUAUGUAUAUUGAAUAAAAAAUAUUUAUAUUAUAUCUAAAUAUAUAAAUAUCUAUUUAAUUAGUUAUCGCUUUAGUUAUGUUAUUCUUGUGAGGUUUUCUAUGUGUGGUUGGUUUGCACAGCAUAGUCAAUCCAUAGCUUUUUAGAACUGUCUUUUGUGCCUAUAGACUUUUGUGUCCUUUCAGAAAUUGGCACGGUGCUCCUAGAAAUGAAUGAAAUAGUUUCGUGGUUGAUUUAUAUUUUUAAAUAAUAAUAAACAUCCUCUGUCAAUAGGAAAAUAAUUUAAAUGAAUAUAAUAAUUUUAAAAAAUUGAAUAUAAAAAUGUAUAUAAUUUAAGAGGAGCUGGUGUUGGUGCUUUGGCAUUGCCGUGACGGUGGGAAGCUACAGUGGGGUUUCACCCUUUGUGCCUGAGAGCCUGAAACAAAAUGGCUCCUUGACCCAAGAGAUUAUAACAUAGUGUAGCGAGAGGAGGAAAUGGUGGGUUCAAUAACCUGGGGGAUAAACUGGAGAGGAUUGCAGUCGCGGUUGGAUGUAGUUGACUAGCCUGUAAUCUAUCUCCUGCACUGUUGCAGCACAAUGGCGAACCUGGAACCUGUCACAUGCAGAAUCUCGUUAGAAUGGGAAGACGGUCGAUACACAGACAAAAAAAAUAUAGGAUUAGGGUUGUUUAGUGUCGUGUGUGUGGAAUGCUGCACUUCUGUGUCACUUAAAAAAAAGGUAUCCAAAAGGAGAGGAACGAUGUAGCCAUGCCAGAAGGGGAUUGUUGUGAAUUGAGCCCCCGGCUGAGACUGGUGUUAUGGGGCAGGUGUGUGUAUGUCCCGUCACUGUCUUCAGAGAGAAACUAUAAGGGUUUAGGAGAGGGAGGGUUGUUUUGAAUGGGGGAUAAAAAUGGCACUUAUAUGGAUGUUUUUAGUUGUUUACAAGUUUUUUUUUUUUUAUUCCACCUCUUCAAAGAAGACCAUGUAUUAUUAAAAGUUCGAAUGGGAUCUUAAGCACUUACAAAUUCAUAACAUAUUGUAUAAAUUGGAAUUCAUAACAUACGAAUUGAGAAGGGGAAAAAAGGAUGACGUGCACAAUUUUCUGGGACCCGUUUUGUCUUGAGUGCUACUUUCAAAACUACUGUUUGAAAAUAUACGAAACCUCUGUCGCAUCACUUUAACCUAAGCAUUGUCUGUUAUUCGGGGGCCACACACUUCUCUUUCCCUCAGUCCAUGGCCUGUUUUCUGUGUCUUCCACUCCUCGUGUGUGAAUGUGGCUCCCAUUGAGAAGAGAUCCUGAUUCAUUUCUAUGGUGGUUCCCCCCCCUUCCUCCCACAUGCUGUUGGCCAGCCACCAUGGUGCAGAGGGAGCCUGAGGGAGCAGACUGGGCUGUUUGUACAGUAUAGCUGCAGCUCUCCUACCUCCCCGUAUUACACUCUUUUAACACCCUUGGUGCUUCAGCAUCUGCCUUGAGCAGGUGUGGAUUCUUAAAGAACAAGCAGAUCACUGCAGUUGGCUUCUGUGUAGUCCUGUGUAAGCUAUAUGGGAUAUCACCCUAGGAAUUCAAAAAAAACAAAAUGUGUGUAUAUUUGGGUUAGGUUCGUACGAAGUGGCUUAAGCCUUAAAACAGACAACUGUAAGAGAACCAUAGUAAAGUAUAUUAUAUAUAUGAAUGUAUAUAAUGUAAGUAAUAGACGUGUUAUUACAAAUGUCAUUAUUUUCAUUGUAACUGUCUCGGGUGUGUUGCUCUCCCUCAUACGCGCACACACGUCAUACACGCACGUCAGAAAAACGAUGGCUUAAGGGUUGGUUCAACUAUUAAAAAGGUUGACGUUUUGUGCACUUCCAUUUUAGAAUUGGGGAAUUUGAAUAUUGACUUUAAAAGAAAGCACUUAAACUUUUCGGAGAGAGAAAAAAUGGGGAAAUGUGGAGCAGUAAUUUAUAUUUGCCAGUGAUAUGAAAGGAAUAAAACAUCUCCCAACCUUG